AUGGCUGACGACGCUUGCAUGAGCAGCAGCAACCUCCUGGACAGCCACGUUCACGUUCGCGAAUAUGAUAUCCAUUUAAAGCCAAAUUUCGACACCUUCCGCUUCGAAGGUCUAUCGAAGAUAGCGUUGGACAUCACAGAUCCCACCAAGGUCAUCAACCUCCACGCAAAGGAGUUGGCUAUUAGCGCUGGGGUUACACUAGAAUGCCCCUCCAAUGGGAAGACGUACAAUUCUGAGUCCAUCGCUGUUAGCGAGAAGAACACUACCUGCACCUUCUGUUUUGCAGAGGAGCUCCCAGUCGGACCAGCGGUCCUCACCGUCGAUUUCGUUGGCACCCUCAACGACCAGAUGGCCGGCCUCUAUCGCUCGGCGUAUGUGGAUCAGUACGGCAAAUCCAAGCAUCUCCUCUGCACCCAGAUGGAGGCUAUCGACGCUCGAAGAGCGUUCCCCUGCAUUGACGAGCCCAGCGCAAAAGCUGUUUUCCGCAUCACAGUCACCACUGAAGCUCAUAGACAGGUUAUCUCCAACAUGCCUGAGGCCUCCCGAGCCCUGUUCGCUGCUGAGCAUAGUGGAUCGUUGAUGCAGAGAGUUACCUUUAUGGCUUCCCCCUUGAUGAGCCCCUACCUCAUGGCACUGGUCGUAGGCGAGUUUGAAUUUCUACAGUCCUCAACUCAGCGAGGCACUCUGGUCCGUGUUUUGGCCACACCAGGGAGGAAGGACCAGUGCCACUUCGCCUUGGACACUGCCACUCGUGUUUUGGAGUGGUACGAGAAGUUCUUCGGUCUUCCAUAUCCUCUCCCUAAGCUGGACCUUGUUGCCAUUCCCGACUUCGCCUGUGGCGCCAUGGAGAACUGGGGUCUAGUCACUUUCCGAGAAGUCGAUCUUCUUUGCGAUCCAGCUAAGGUCUCCGUCGGCACCCGUAAGCGCGUGGCUACCGUGGUUUGCCACGAGCUGGCCCAUCAGUGGUUCGGCAACCUUGUCACCAUGCAGUGGUGGGAUGACCUUUGGCUCAACGAGGGGUUCGCUACCUUUAUGGAGAACCUCUCCGCAGACGCUUUAUUCCCCGACUUGGGUCUGUGGAACAUGUAUGUCAGUUCGGACUUGGAGAGCGCUUUCCAUCUCGAUGGUAUGAGAUCAAGCCACCCCAUAAAGGUGCCCAUCAGCGCCGCUGAGGAUGUGGAUGAGGUGUUCGAUGCCAUCUCGUAUGAAAAGGGAUGCGCUAUCGUGAGGACACUGUGGGCGGUCCUCGGCGGUGAGGUCUUCCAGAAGGGCGUGCAGAUCUACAUGCAACGCCAUCAGUACAAGAACACACAAACCUCCGAUCUCUGGCAGGCCUUUGAAGAGGCAUCGGGUCAGCCAGUGAAGGAGAUGAUGGACUCAUGGACCGACCAGAUGGGCUACCCUGUAUUGGAGGUCGGCCCUCGUGACUCCAAUGGUAACUGUAGAGUCGCACAAAGUUGGUUCCUAUCUGAUGGCUCGGUGAAGGAAGGGGAUGAGGAGAAGAAGUGGGUGGUGCCGAUCCUCGUUGGUGAUGAUAAGACGCCAUCGGGGGAGAUGGGCAGACUCACUAUGAUGCGUGAGAAGUCUGAGACCAUCAACGUCGGUAACGGCAAAUGGGCCCUCCUCAACUACGGUGCGUGGGUUCCCUAUAGAGUCCAUUAUAGCAGCCCAGAGAUGAGAGUGGCCCUCGCCGAGGCAGUGGCAGACCGAAGCCUCCCGGUCCCCGACAGAAUUCAACUCCUCGCUACCGUCAGGGCGUUGGCCAAAGCAAGGCACUUGACUGUAUGUGAAGCCCUGCAAUUGUUGACCUACUACAAGAACGAGGAUGACGCUGAUGUGUGGGAUGCCAUCGCUAUCGCUGUGUCCGCGCUGGAUCCCAUUUGUAUCGGGGUCGGCCGAGGCAAGGAAAUGAACAGACUAGUCAGUGACCUCAUCGAGGGGCCUCUGGCUCGUGUAGGUUGGGAUUCCAAGCCUACAGAUGAGUCCAAGACCAGACAGCUCCGCAGUACUUUCGUUCGCCUGGCGAGCAAAUACUGCCACACCAACACGCAGAUGGUCGACACCGCUUGCCAGCGAGCCCAAGCCUAUCUAGAGGAUCCUGCUUCGCUCCCUGCUGAUAUACGAAGCUCAGUUCUCAAGCUUGCUCUUGCCGGUGGUGGAGACUUCUGGACUGCACUCAGGGAGCGCGCAGAGCGCUAUGAUAUUACUAAGACGGAAGUUGUUGAUAUUUACUCUUCCCUCGGUUACGUCAGGGACAGACGCUUGAAGCAGCGCACUCUUGAGUGGAGCUUGGACCCCGUGGUCCGCCCCUCGGACUACUACACCGUUAUGGCCUCCGUCCGGACUUCUUCCUCUGAGGGCGCUGAUAUGGCCUGGGAUUUCCUUGUAACAAGGUUUGAUGACGUGAAAGGUCGAGUCUCCACGGCUUGCUCAUCGCUGCUGACCUCUGUGUUCUAUUCCUGUGCUGGAGGCAGUACUGAUUCCUCAAGGGCGGAUAUACUGGAACAUUUGCGAGUUGAAAAGAAGCUCAACGCGAUUGGCCGUUCACUUUCGCAGUUGAUAGAGUCGAUUCGCAGUAACGCUGCUGCAGUGGAGCACGCCCGCGACUCCAACGUUACCAAGGACGCAUUCUGGAGUGAGCUCUUCGCAAUGCUAAGGAACUAG